GUCAAUCUCGUCGACUUCAGUGCAAGGUCAUUAUACCAGAAAGAUGGCUUCUCGCCUGUUUCUCAAAGUCAACCGACUCGCUUUUGCUUUAUCGCAGAAUAUUUUCAAGACUCCAGUUCAGCACCUGUCCAGUGAGGUAAGAAAAAUUACUUUAAUUCCUGGAGAUGGUAUUGGUCCUGAAAUCUCUGCAGCUGUCCAAGAGAUAUUUGCUGCUGCUAAGGUGCCCGUAGAAUGGGAUACUGUUGAUGUCACUCCAGUGAAGGGUCCAGAUGGAAAAUUCCGUCUUCCACAGAAAGUAUUUGAAUCAAUGGCUGAAACUAAAUGUGGCCUGAAAGGACCUCUUGCUACUCCAGUCGGUAAAGGACAUCAAUCCCUCAACUUAGCAUUGAGAAAAGCUUUCAGUUUGUAUGCUAAUGUUCGCCCAUGUAAAUCUAUAGUUGGUUAUGAAACACCCUAUGAAGAUGUUAACUUGGUCACAAUUCGGGAGAACACUGAAGGAGAAUACAGUGGAAUUGAACAUAUUAUUGUGGAUGGAGUUGUCCAAAGUAUUAAACUCAUCACAGAAGCAGCAUCCCUUCGUGUCGCAGAGUAUGCCUUUGAAUAUGCUCGCAACAACAACAGAUCUACUGUUACUGCUGUUCACAAGGCUAAUAUCAUGAAGAUGUCUGAUGGUUUAUUUCUCAGAUGUUGUCGAGAAGUUGCCGAACGAAACAAAGACAUCAAAUUUAAAGAGUCAUAUUUAGAUACUGUUUGUCUUAAUAUGGUACAAGAUCCUUCUCAAUUUGAUGUCUUGGUCAUGCCAAACCUUUAUGGUGACAUCUUAAGUGAUUUGUGUGCUGGCCUCAUUGGUGGUUUGGGAGUUACUCCAAGUGGAAAUAUAGGAGAAGAUGGUGCCAUCUUUGAAUCGGUACAUGGCACAGCUCCCGACAUUGCAGGUUUAGAUAUGGCUAAUCCAACUGCACUCUUGCUUAGUGCUGUUAUGAUGCUACGUCACAUGGGUCUCAUGGAUUUUGCUGCCAACAUUGAAAAUAGUGUGUUAUCUGUAAUAAGAGAAGGCAAAUAUCUCACCAAAGAUCUUGGAGGAAAUGCUAAAUGUUCAGAAUACACAAGGGAAAUUUGCUCAAAGCUUUGACCAAGAUUUUCUAUUAGCAGUUUCCAUGCUUAGUGUACCAUGUAACUAACAUUUAUGUAUUCUUUUUUUGUCUUGUGUUUAAUAAUACUGCUUUUGCUAAAAGAACCUGAAGAAGACUGACAAAUCUGUCUCUCCAAAAUAUCUUCCUUUCUUGUCAUAGAUUCUAAGUUACAUCAUUCCCAUUCUCAUGCAUUAAAAUUGAAGAGAAACCAAUAUCUUUUUGGUAAAGCAUUUCUCCUUUUUAUAUAAGCUAAGAUAUUGUUCCUUCACGGAGAGAUGGAUUUCUGUACAUUUUGUACGUAACUAAUUAAGCCAUGCUUUUCAUUCUGUAACAUAUAUUUUAGUUUCUUAAACGUAGAGAACCAAAGGGAAAUGUUUUCUGCUCUGCUGUUUGUAUAUAUGAGGUGCAAUCCAGAAGCUUUGAGACUUUUUCAGGAAAGACAUUCAUUAAUUUCAAAGAAAUACAAAACUCCUUGAAAGUAGGAUCCUCUAAUUUUAAUGCACAUGUUGUAGCACUCCAGCUACUUUGUUGAAGGUCUCAUGGAAGUCCUGAAAGUGAAGGUGUCCAGGACCCACGUCACAGAAUCCAUCUUCUCAGUGUCUUCAACAUGACUAUCCCCGAGGUUCUCUUUCAACUUGGGGAACAACCAAAAGUUACAGGGAACAAGGUUUGGACUGUAAGGAGGCUGAGGGGCAGUUUUGAUGUCAGCUUAUUAGAUGUAUAGUAAUGAUACACUAAAAUUACAGUAAUUUAGAACAGUUAUCACUGUAUCUCUUGAAAAAAGUCUAAAAACCUCAGGAAUGGCCUAUGUAUGUGUAUCCUGCACAUGUAACAUAUAUUAUAUAUAUAUAUAUAAGAGCAAGCCUAAAAUGUUUCUAUUACUGUGAUUUGCCAGUUCAUGAAGAUCCUUUGAAAGCUAAUUAUGACAAGCAUUGAUGUUACUGUAGUUUUUGUUUUUUGUUGUUUUUUUUUCCAUUGAAACUAGAAUCUCAUUUUGAGUGUAUAAGUUAUACUUAUCCAUACGUUGUUACAACCAACUUUUGCCAAAUUUAAAACCAAAUAGAAACAAGAAUAUUAUUUAUCCAUUUUGAUGCCUUUUACAUAUAUGUUUGUAUAUACUUGUGCAGCUGGCAUUAAGCAGAUGUAGUUAAAUUUAAUUACGAAAAUAAACAGCUUAAUCGGAUACACCUGAUAUUUAUUUACAGAUAAGCUUUGAAAGAAUAUCUAUUAAAGAUCUAAUAAAAGAGACUCUUUCAUUAAUCAGCUGCUCAUAGAUUAUCGUUUCAUUUGCUUACCUUCAUACAUCACUUCAUAUAAUUUAUAUACUACAUAUAUACACUACAUACAUUUUCUUAUUCUGGAUUCAGUAUGAAGUGGUCAUAGGAGCAUAAUAUAUAUUGUUACUUUUUUGUUGUUGUUGCAAGUAGUAGAAUUUGUUGCUAUUCAUUCAGAACUUGAAGGCAGUGAGCAGGCAGGAUUGUUACUGCACUGGACAAAAUGUUCUAUGUUCUGAGUUCAAAUUCUGUUGAGGUCGACUUUACUUUUCAUCCUUUUGGGGUUGAUGAAAUAAGUAUCAGUUAUGCCUAUUGUAGAAAGAAUUUAUUCAGAACCUGGAAAUCUGUUACUGUGACUACUCAUGAAAAUAUACAGUGAGUAACAGGAUGGUAUAACUGUAAGUUCUGUAUAAAUAUAUAAAUAUAAAUAUAUUUUUUCCUUUCCUGAUGUGUGUGUACAUUUAUUUAGAGAACUCUGCACACAUACAUACAUUUUGAUUUUCAUAUUAAGAUACUUCUAUUUAUUACUUGAAACAAUUACAUCCACCCAAAUGUCCUGAUUAUAUACUUCCAAAAUAAAUUAAUUUUCAUAUUUGUUUUUUUAUACCAAGUUUGUUAAAAUUUGAAACUAUAUAAAACAUUCAUUUAUGUGUAGUUUUUAUACUCUUGUGUAGAAAUGUGUUCAUUUAACAAGAAUGUGUGUUAUACCUGUAUGUCUACCUGUGAAUAAUCCUCAAUUUAUUAUUGACCAAACUUACAAAUAUGUUUUGUUUUUCUUUUAUUUCUUUUCUGCCUGUAUGUUGGUAGUCUCACUUCAUAUUUGGGUUCUUGUCUAAAAGAUGAACACCCGACUCUGAAAACCAUUAUUUCCAUACUAAUAUAUAUACAACAUUCACUUAAGUUACACAAUAAGCUCUCACAACAAAUACCUGUCUCAAAACACCUUUCAACUUGUAUUUAUAUAGUUGUGAUACUCUGGCAUAUUUCUUUGUGGUUGUGGAUCAGUAACUAGAUAUCUACUUUUCUCAGUUUCUUAAUUCAAUGAUUCUUUUUCUUUCUGUUUUUGCAGAAGAAAAAUUUAUUUAAAAAAAUUUUUUUUUUACCCUUUAAUUUUUAUACUCUAUGCUCUGCCAGUUAAAGACUUGAUGUCACAAGAGACCAUAUCCAAAUGUAUCUUGAGAGCUUCUGAUAUAUCUUACAUCUGUUGAGUAUUUUGCUUUCUCUAACCAUUUGAACAAGAAACUUAAAGCAAUUGGAAAGUAGUCAAAUUUAAUUAACUAUAUAACACACAUGUCCCAUUAAUAAAGCAGCAUUUUAAACCAUUAAUACAAUGUGGAAUGCUGCUUUGCUUGUGAGAACACCAAUAAAUAGUGUGUAUGUGUACAGUUUUUGUAUGUAAUUUGUAUAUUGCAGAAGAAAAAUUAGGUUUUUGAAUAUUUCAGUUAAUUUGACUAACUUCCCUGUUCUAAGUAUUUUAUUUCAUUACCUUCUCCACCAUCUUCUUAUAAUCUCUUCUCAAAGAAAAAGAGAGAUAGAAAAUGGCUUUCUUAAGGUUUGCUUUCUACCUCAUAUUAGUUUUAAUGUUGACAAGUGACAUUGCAGGUAUACUGAAACAAACAUUACUGUUUUCAGGAAUUGUUUUAGUUGUUAUUAUUAUUAUUAUUAUUAUUAUUAUUAUUAUUAUUAUGUUUAAUAUAUCUGUUUGCUUUGACAGCUAUGGCUUUUUCUUUCUUUUUAAAAUUUAUUUGUGUUAAUAAUAACUGCACAAGUGGGUAGGUUACUACCUGUUAUAACUGGUGUACAGUUAUUAUAAAUUUUAUAUUUUAUUUUUUAUACUACUUUUUGUGAAUAUAUUUGAGUUGGAUAUUUUAGUUUUUUUUUUCCCCCUUUUAAAGACUUGUUUUGAUAAUAUUAGAUGAAAAGAAAAAUCAGUUAGAGAAAAAAGGCUUAGAUGUAACAAAAAUAUUUUUAUACAAAUGUUUGUUUCAACUAACCUUGAAUCAUUUGAUUUGAAAUUCUCUAUCAAGGUAAUUCAAGAAAUUGAGAUCACAUGUAAUAGAAGGUUUUUUCCUUCUUCUUCAUUAAACAAUAGUAAAUUACUCCUUGCACAUUGUUUAACACGGUGCUGCAUUUGUAAGUAACAAGAACCAAAACUUUAGUUGUUAUCUUAAAAUCUCAUCUUACCAUUUGAAAAUGACUUUCUUCAAAAAAUAUUUCAUUUUUAUUAUCUGUUUAUAUAAUAUUGUUUCUUUUAUAUAAUUGUUUCUGUUUAUACAAAUAUUACACAGCAUAUUUGUGUAGAUUCUUAUUUCAAAGAUAUUUAUCUCUAAAUUAAUUUUUUCAUAUCUAGAGUUCUGUUUGUCAUAUACUUGAGACUGAUUCCAUUUUUGGUAAACAUAACCUCUAAGUUCUAGACUUGGUACUAUAGAACUGAAGUAUAAAGUAAAAUUUUAUGUUGGUAUGGUAUUUUAAUUUUGUAGCUAUGUAUUAUCUAGUCGAGGUUUUGAAUAUGUUACUGGUUAAUAAUUUAAUUUUUAUUAGGAGAAUAUUGCUAUCUAAUGACAUCACUGUUACAAAAAGACCUAAUUUUUAUAUUAACUUUAAAAAAAAAUUUCUUAAAAACCACCCCAGUUACUGAUACAUGAAGCAACAGUUGUUUGUAGUCUUCAACAAAAAUGUACCACUUUUAACAAGAUUGAUAGAGUAAAACAAAUUAUUUUCAAAAAUCUCAUAUCCAACAACAGAUAUCUUAGAAAUUUUUUUCCCCUUUUUUGUGAAUUAACCAACCAACUGAAAUCAUUUCUAGUUGUAUUACAUAAAAUAUCUAUUUUCUCUUUGUAUAAAUAAAUAUAUAUUUCAUUUUGCAGUU